GAUCCCCUGAACUCAAACAGCAUACAUUAAGACUCACUCACCUGACGCUCAUUUCCACGAACGCACGCAGGUGCGUGAAGCAGAAGUCGGCCGUCGGUCCGCAUCCUGGCCCUGAGGGCGAGAACGGGGAAGUAUGGACCAGUCUGGAGGACGUCAGUCUGAUUCUGGAGGAAACACUGAGGAACAACAUGAACGUCGUCCAAAACAGUCAAAGUCCAAAUUGAACCAAGAAUUCCCGAAUCUCUCUCGCUGCCCUGACUGCUACAACCACAAGGCAAACUUCAGGUCACGGUGGGGGAGCGAGUCCAGCUCAUCAGACGGAGACUCUGGACCAGAGGUCAACUUAGAUUCAGAAGCAGAGUCCGUUUCCAGCAGCAGCAGCAGUACUGGGCGCCCUGCAGAAGAGACACCUGUGAGGCACUCACCUGUACGUGAUGACACUGCUGGAGGACAAGAUGGUGACAGGCGACAGGAGGCAUCUGAGAGUCCGGGGGAUGAGGGAAGGAUGAAGGUGAUGGUUCAAAGAGCUCAGCUAACCAACUCUCUCUCUUUGCCUGCCUUUGUAACUCCUCAACUCACCCCUCUCUCUCUCCUGCCCCGCCCUCCUCAAGUCACCUCCACCCUUCACCUCCAGGUGUUGCCCCAAAAACACAACAAUGACACCUUCUACACCAUCCGCCCCCCAGAGCGGCGAGGAGCAGUAAUCAACAAUCUGCUUCCCUUUGUACCAUUUCCAUGGCAGCAACAGCCACCAUAUCAUCAACCCGACUAUAUUCCUCCUCUGUCACCUCAGGGUCAAAGGUUACCACCACCUCUGCACACACUUCCUAUGUUACACGCACCUCUUCAGGCUCCAAGUGCACCCUACACACAUCUGCAUACACUUACUGCACAACCAUGCUGGUGUCGUUACUGUAUGUACUCACCUUACACACACUGGAGUCAUUACAGUAGUACACAGCUGUCCUGAUAAUAAAGUGCCCUGCAGUAUUCUAUACAGCCCUUAGACAUGUGAAAAAUCCAAUAAAGUGAAUAUAAGGCAUUGACUUGAAUGAAUGUUUGUGAUUGGAAAUAAUAAAUAAUGCA